CACAAACCAAAAAAAAAUCCCCUGGGGAGAGCUACCUUCCCGCUCUUAUACACGUACACACACGUACCUAGCUGGUGAAACUUCUUCUUGUCCUUCACUUGUUUUCAUUUCACUAUACCUCUGCUCUCACACCGUUUGUUUUCUUACGCAGUAAUCCUUCCCAGGUGAAAAGUCACAGAUUCUAGGGUUCCAUUGAUUGAAAUCGUCCCACGCCGCGUCAAACAAUUUGGCCAAGAAAGUCUGUUAGAAGACACAGGACAAAGGAGACAGAACAAGACAACUGGGGACAAAACCAAGGUAUACUUUGCCUUCUGUACGCUGCUGGCACCGAGUGCCGGGUGAGCUGUCGAGUGCCAGGGAAGAACAUUGCUCUUGUCCUUUCGACCUUCCGGCCCACCAUCAGAGGCGAAGCUGUUACAGAACAGCGAAACCGCGUAGGAGGGAAUUCAAAAUGAAUACGUCCAGCACCCUCCGCCUGCUCCGGCAAAUUCCUCGUCUCAACAGCCUCCGCUCCGCUCCCUCAAGUAUCGCCUCAUAUCCAUCACUCGUCCGACCUUUGUCCUCCACGUCCUCCCGUUCCCUAAGAGUCACGCCUUCCCAAUGGGAAAAAGACGAACAAGAUCCAUAUCAUAAAGUCUCCACCGAAGCCACGGGCACCUCGGCCGGCCCCCAUGAAGGCUCAGCCGCUCGAACCGAUCGAGAUAUCGUGGUCGAAUACCCAGCAGAAGAGGAAUUUCCUCGGGACAGGCCAUUGCGCGGGAGAGGGGGCAUCCAAUAUGUUAGGACGUUGCCGACGUUCAGUCUCGAGGGGAGGACGGCCGUCGUGACGGGGGGUGCGCGAGGGCUUGGAUUGGUCAUGGGCCAAGGCCUGGUUCAGUCAGGUGCAGAUCUGGCGAUUGUCGAUUUGAAUAAGGAGGAAGGCGAAAAACAAGCCGCAGAACUGAUGUCGAUGAUGUCCAAGGAGAACACAGACAGCGGCUCCGACGACUAUAUCCCCAAGGUGACUGCACACUAUGCCGAUGUAUCUGACCCAGAAUCCGUGAAUGCGUGCAUCGCCGAGAUUCUCAAAGAGCACGGCAAAAUCGACCACCUGGUGACCUCGGCAGGAUUCACCGAGAACUUCUCUGCUGAAACUUACCCAUAUGAGCGCAUAAAGAAACUUUGGGGCGUGAACGUCGACGGAACAUAUCUGUUCAGCACCGCCGUAGGAAGGCAUUUGAUGGAACGCAACAUCACCCACGGGAGCAUUGUCAUGAUCGGGAGCAUGUCUGGCGCAAUUGUCAACGUGCCGCAACCACAGGCCCCAUACAACGCGGCAAAGGCAGCGGUCAGGCACCUCGCCGCCAGUUUGGCCGUGGAAUGGGCACACGCUCAUGUCCGGGUGAAUUGUAUCAGCCCUGGCUACAUGUUGACGGCUUUGACCCGCAAAAUCCUCGAUGACAACCCAGAACUCAACAAAACUUGGACAUCCUUGAUCCCGGUCGGCAAGAUGGGUUCUCCUGAGGACCUCCAAGGAGCUGUGGUAUACCUGUUGAGCGAUGCCAGUCGGUAUGUCACGGGCGCAGAUCUGCGAGUGGACGGAGGAUAUACCUGCACCUAAAAGCGCUGAUCUCCAAUGUCAAGUGGAGAUGGGCAAGGAAAAGGCCGCCAUGGGAACAUGUCGUUUGAGCCUAGUCUAUACGAGCUAGUGAAUGCCGUUUCAGGUGCCCAAUGCAGGUGUGAAGAAGGGGCACAAAUUGCAAACGCAUUGUAGGUCAUGUGCGAGCUCCUCUUGCUCCCUUAGAAAUAGGAUCGGGGACAAUCCGACGCGCGGUGCCCGUUAGCCGACUGUAACCGCGAUUCCUGGCAAUUUGAAGUUGCGGUAGGAGUUGGAAAGCCUGGCGAAUCCCCGGUGGUCAGGAUAAUGAACAGGCAGCUGAGCACAAUAUUCACCCCACGUUUCACGGCGUGGUUCGAUAGCGUUCGCAAUCCAUUUAUGGCACAGCCUAAGGCCUCAGCCUUUGACAUGAUCGACAUUGGAGCCAUAGUCACAUGGAAGUGAGGCCCUACCAACCGGCAUCGAACCGAAAUUCCAGGAGGAUUGGGCAUCAAAAACACUCCGGAAAUCAUUGCGGUGAGUCUUAGGGGCGAGACCGCGUGAAAGCCAGGGUGAUCCAGACCGCCGCUCUUGAUCAAACGUCAAGCAACAAGGCGAGAAAUGUCGCUACCGGGAAUUUUUGUGCUACAUCCACGGUAUAGCAGCACCUUGGCGGCGAGGUCGGUAGCGAUGGACUUGUGUAGAAGGCUGGCCGCAGCCAAGGCUGCCGCUAAAGUCUCCGAGGAAGCAAAAUAGCAUGUGGCGCAUGCGAGAUAGCCG